CGCUACAAAGAGAAUGACUGGCUAUUUGUUAGAAAAUGAUUAUCUUUUUCUUUGUCUUCUAUAAAAAUACGAUUUGUCAGCUUUAUUGUAAGCUUAUCAUAUUUAAGCAAAUGUCUAUUGAAAUAAGCAAAUUAACUAGAAGUUUGUUUUGUUGAAGCAGUUGAUGAUUCGAUCUUUAGAGUAUCUACAGAAUCCUUAGACAUGAGUUCUUAUAUACAUCUUCAAUUUUUUUGCAACAGAUUUUCUUAAUUCAUCAACGAUUAAUUAUUGAUAAAUGUUUGCCUAUCAAUGUAUAAGAGAUUUAACACUUUCGUUCUUAAAUACACCUACUUAAUACAUGCCAUACUUACGGUGUUCCAACAAGUCUUCAAUGAACAUCAGUUUUUCAUUGUCAUCAUACAUUUCAUUAAGUUUUGUGAAAGAUUUCACACAAUCUUUUACAUUCCUUUUGGUCAGUUCUAUAAACGCUUUUCUUAUUAAUCAAAAUGUCUACUAUUGAUGUGUCAUGUUAACAAAGUCUUUACCAAGUCGAUGAAAGCAUUGAUCACUUCUUGUUGUGAUUAAAAAGGGGGUGGCUUUCUGAACUGUGUGGGUACAUGUUAUUUCUGCAUUUAAAAGGAGUUGCAUGAUCACAGCAGCGCACCAAAUGGUAAAAUGUUGCUAAAACUCACCAUUAUUAAUUGCUGAAAUGACCGAUUUAAGCAUUGUAAUAUGAUGUAUUUU